AUGAACAGCUGUACAAAUACUGUGUAUAUACGAGAGUUUGUUGGGUCUCCUCUUGUAAUGAGAAGAACUUUUGCAAGGAAAGUAGAAGAGAGGAUGAAACCCUCGGAUAUAAGAAUAAAAAGUGACAAACCUAACUUUAACGAUAUAAUUGUUAAGUACUUUCCAAAUGCCAAACUAAAAAAAAAGAAUGGGGGGGCGCUACAUGGUGAUAGCCAAACUUGUCGUAGUACUGAUGAGGUAAAAUAUUACUUAUCUUCAAAAAUGAAAAGAAAAAUGGAAUUAUUGAGCACUGAGACAAAAAAACAUCAUGGGUUAGAAGAAUCCAGAAGAAGAAAUUGUUUACCAAUAAACAGUGUGAAUAAUAAUAAGACAAGUCCUGAAAAUAUUUCGAAAAAUAUACCUGUAGCUAAUGGAGAAAGUGAUGUUUUAUCACCAUGUAUGAAUAAUGAAAGCGAUGGAGAAAUACUUGAAAUAUCGAAAGAGGAUUAUGAAAUUCAAAAGUAUAAAAACAAAUUGCACAAAAGAAUAUGGAUUACACUUAAACGAAAUAAUGAAAAAGAUUUUGAAAAGCUUUAUGAAGAAUUGAAAAUGUACCAUUUAAAAGAUGAAGUGUCAUAUAGUAUUUUAUUACAUGGGAAAUUGAUAAUUUCGAAAGGGGACAAAAUAAAAGAUUGUUUUCAAUUGAUUGAUGAAAUGAAAUUAAAAAAAGUUCAUCACUCAUUAAUACGAUUUAAUGAAAGGUUACUUUACAGUUAUUAUGAAUUAUCAAAAUUAAAUGCAAGACCAAGUACAAAACAAUGGGUAAAAAUUUUAAGGACAGUUUGGUUCACCUCUGCAUUGAUCAAAGCUAGGAGACAAAAAUUUAUUUUACGUAAUUUGAGUAAAAUUAAAAAAAUAAAAGGCGACAAUAACUCUACUUCUCUCGCUAAUUUCAACAACAUUUUUAACAUUCACAAUUUGCACGCUCUUUAUGCACAGCAUAGGGAUCCCUUGCUUGGGGGAGGUGCAAGACACAUGUUCUUUUAG